AUGGUUAAAGGCAAGAGAGGACACGACGAGGUCGACACAUACGAGGCGGAUGACUUUGUUGAGAAUGAUGAUGGCAGUGCGCUAAAGAAGAAGACUAAGAAGGCUGCUGCAAAUAACAGUGCUAAGAAGGCAAUAAAGGAAAAGUCUUGGGAGUUAUCCUCUGGAAAGAAUCCGAAGCGUGUUGGUGUUAGUGACUUCAAGAACAUGACGCUCAUUCGAAUCGGAGAAACAUACGAGAAGGAUGGAGAAUAUCUUCCUGGCAAGAAGGGCAUUUCCCUCACGGUUGAUCAAUACAAAGCUCUUCUUGAGGCUCUCCCAAGUGUCACGGCACACCUAGAAUCUCAGAGCAUCCAGAUUGGACCUUCUGCGGUUGAUGAGGACGAUGAAAUGGUCGAGGAAACUAAGCCGCAAAAGAAGAUCAAGGCCAAGAAGGAGAAGCCGAAGGCGAAGUCAAACAUCGAGGCUACAUCGGAUGAGGAGGAGGAGGAGGCAGAGGAGGAAGAUUGA